AUGGAUCCAGUUUUCAAUGACAGAACCCAGUUCCCAUCAUUCUACAGAACUAUCCCCAAUGUGAAGGCAGAAAUUGAUGGGAUUGUGCAGAUACUGAAGCACUUUGGCUGGAAAUGGGUCGGACUCAUUAUAUCAGAUGAUGACACUGGAUACAGAGCCCGGGAAAGGAUAACUGAGGAACUUUCAAGUGUUCAGGGCUGUGUAGCUUUUUCCGCUAUUAUCAAUAACACAUUUUAUCUUGAGAAAUAUUAUGAAGAUACAAUUGUUGCUACAAUUCGGAAAAACAGUGCUAAAGUUAUAGUUGUGUUUUCUAGCACUAAAUCCACUCUCAGCUUUCUUAGUCUAUUUUUAUUCAAUAAAAUGCCAAGGAGAAUUUGGGUCAUGUCUUCCUUUUUCACAAAAAUUUUUAAUUUAAGGAAAAAGAAAAUAGAAACCACAUUUAAUGGUUCCCUGAUGGUGCUAGUUCAGGAAGGACAGAUCCCUGGUUUUGAACAUUUUUUUAAUUCAUUUACUCCUAACAAAUAUCCCAAAAAUGAAUUAACACGAAUUAUAUGGGAAGGUUUGUUUCGCUGCUAUUUCCUGGAUGCUAUCAGCUUGAUAAUAACUGUCCCAGGAGCCAAAGUAAAAUACUGCACAGGGAAUGAGACUCUCAGUGAUAGACAUUUAUUACUGUAUGGGAAUCACAAUUACAGAAUCACUUAUAGAGUUUACACUGCAGUCUAUGCACUGGCACACGCCCUGCACAAUCUCUACUCUGCUCAGCCACCAGCCAAUCACUGGGACCGAUUGGAAACUCUACAAAUGAAUGUGAAGCCCUGGCAGCUGAAUGUCUUCGUUCGCAAUGUAAGUUUCACCACCAACGGCAACACUCACUCCUUCAAUGAAUAUGGAGACCCGCCAGCCAGUUUUGACAUUAUCAAGUGGGUUUUCUUAUCAAACAACUAUAUGUUAAAAAAUAAAGUUGGAUAUUUCAAUGCAUCAACCAGGGAACAGAUUUACAUCAACAACAGUGAGGAUCUGUUUGGUCCAUUCUUUGAAAAGAUGCCACAGUCUCGGUGCAAUGCACCUUGUGCCCCAGGAUACAGGAUGACUAAAAUAGAAGGGGCCCCAUCUUGUUGUUAUGACUGUGUCCAGUGUGGAGAUGGAACAUUUUCCAACACAACAGAUGCUCUAGUUUGUUUGAAAUGCCCUGUAUAUGAGAUGUCUGAUAGAAAAAGAACUGGCUGCAUCCCAAAAGCUACAAACUAUCUUUCGUAUACAGACACCCUGGGAGCCAGUUUAACUUCCAUUGCCUUGCUCCUCUUCAUCACAGCUUCAGCAGUUUUGGGAAGUUUUUUAAUAUAUUGGGACACUCCGAUUGUAAGGGCCAACAACCAAAAUCUCAGCUGUAUUCUGAUUUUUGCUCUCAUGUUGUGUUUUCUCUGCAUUUUAUUAUUCAUUGGACGCCCAACACAGAUAUGUUGUCUCCUCCGACAAGUAACAUUUGGGAUUGUAUUUACCAUUUCUGUUUCUUCUGUGUUGGCUAAAACUCUCACAGUUAUUAUUGCCUUCAAUGCCACAAAGCCUGGGAGCAAGCUGAAGAAGUAUGUAGGAAGCCAACUGCCCAUCAUACUAGUCAUUGUAUGUUCUUUGGGUGAGAUGUUGAUUUCCGCUAUCUGGAUUGCCUCCAAUCCUCCAUUAGUGGAAGCUGAUGUGUUUUCCGAAAUGGACACAAUCAUUUUACUUUGUAAUGAAGGAUCAGUGACUCUAUUCUUUUGUGUUAUUGGAUACAUGGGAGCUCUGGCUUUUCUAAGUUUUAUUGCUGCAUUUCUAGCCAAGGAUUUCCCUGACCGAUUUAAUGAGGCUAAAAACAUCACUUUCAGUAUGUUGGUGUUCUGUAGUGUGUGGGUGACAUUUGUCCCUUCAUACCUGAGCAGUAAGGGGAGUAGAAUGGUGGCAGUUGAGAUAUUUGCCAUCUUAUCUUCUAGUGCUGGAUUAUUGGGCUGUAUAUUUGGCCCUAAGUGUUACAUUAUAUACCUUAGGCCUCAAUUAAAUUCAAGAAGAACCACUAUAAGAAAAUAG